AUGCAUCCCCUCCAUGUCUUCCUCGCCCUCGGCGUAUCAACAGCCAACGCCCUACCUAGCUUGAACAGCCGUGAAGUCCUCGCAUAUAGAAGCUGGGAUCUCCGCCUCUUCAGUCAGGCAAUCCCAAUCUGCAAUGUGAACACCUCUAAUAUCGACUUGAAUGUCUUCCAUCGCUAUGGGGCGAAGGACCGCUCAUGUGAGGCACUCGAUGGCGCGUACAAUACGACGACUGUGAAGAGUCUGUCGUGGAAGAGUCCGAAUGAGAGUGACUGGCAUGAUCUGUGCAUGUUUAGUUCGUCGGAUUGUGAUGCUGGGAGCUAUGUUGGCAGUAUUACGGAUGGGUGGGAGAUGUGUUAUCCAUUUAGUGGAUGGAGUGGGUUUUCUGUUGUAUCGCAUGGUAGCAAGUGUGUUUGA